GGUCACGUUAGUUGACGUCUACACAAAGGUUUUCGACUUUUUAGGCAGCGACAUGGCGGAAUCAACCGACUCCGAGACCCCUUACAACAAUUUCUACGUCAAAAAUCAAUCCGUAUUAGGUAUAAGCGACUUGCAGAGACUCGAGAUCACCGAUCUUAGAUACUCGAGCUCGAUCUACAACGUGUCAAAAGAGGACACGAUAUGGAUCGUCAGCUCCUCCUUCAUCAUAUUCACCAUGCAGACAGGGUUCGGAAUGCUCGAGUCCGGUUGCGUGUCGCUUAAAAACGAAGUCAACAUCAUGAUGAAGAACGUCGUCGACAUCGUCCUGGGCGGACUCACUUAUUGGCUCUUCGGCUUUGGGAUGAGCUUCGGAAAGGCUCAGCCCGUCAACCCCUUCAUUGGGAUCGGCGGGUUCUUAGUCGAUCCGAGCAUCGAUGAUGAGCUCAUGGGCUCAACCUGCGCUGCGUUUCUCUUUCAGCUCAGCUUCGCCACCACUGCCACAACCAUCGUCAGCGGUGCCAUGGCCGAGCGGUGCAACUUCAAGGCCUACAGCCUCUUCUCUUUACUAAACACCGUCGUCUACUGCAUCCCUGCCGGCUGGGUGUGGGGCGAUCACGGAUUCCUGAAGCGAAUGGGCGUUGUCGAUAUCGCCGGAUCAGGGCCGGUUCACCUGGUCGGUGGAAUUUCCGCCCUAGCCGGCGCCAUAAUGCUGGGACCAAGACUUGGUCGAUACGACAACGGGUUGAACCCUCUUCCACCAGGUUGUCCAGUCAAUGCUGUGAUGGGAAUGUUCGUGCUCUGGUGGGGUUGGUUGGCGUUUAACAGCGGAAGCACCUACGGCGUAAGUGGCGAUCGGUGGAAAUACGCGGCUAGAGCUGCAGUCUCUACGAUGAUGGGCAGCAUUGGUGGCGGCUUGAUCGGGUUUGGAUUCAGCUUGAUGGGUUCGAACGGGAUCGACAUUUUAAGUCAAAUUAACGGCAUCCUUGGAGCGCUGGUCGCAGUGACAGGCGGGUGUUUCCUCUUCCAAGCCUGGGAAGCAUUGGUGGUCGGGUCAAUCGGCGGGUUUAUAGCAUGCAUCGCGAUGCCUGCUUUGGACAAGCUGGGCAUAGACGAUCCUGUUGGUGCUUCUGCAGUUCACGUAGGAGCUAGUGGAAUUUGGGGAGUUCUGGCGAUUGGUUUGUUCGCGGACAAUCCUCGACCAUUGACAACAACGAAUGGCCGAAGAGGCCUCUUCAAAGGUGGGGGAUGGUACCUACUCGGGGUUCAAAGCUUGUCCGUGCUUUGUCUAGCCAGCUGGAGUUUUCUAUCGUCGGUUAUUCUGUUGUGGAUGAUCGACAAGGUGCUACCGAUCAGAAUGAGCACGCACGAAGAAUUACUGGGUGCAGAUUUGGUCGAGCACAGAGUGAGACACGUGCAGGUGGGAGUGAGCAGAGCGGUUUCCGCGCUUCGUCCAUUCCCGGAUCAAAUUCGACUGGAGAAUGUUUUGAAAAUAGGAUUCAACCCAGGGCACGAAUCGUACUUGGAGAGAUACAACCGCAGCCAGAGAGCCCAAAAGCUGAAGAAAUUAAUGGCGCGCAGUCCGGGAAAAGUGACUGGUUUGAAAAACAACCGAAUACAAUCCGGGGUGAAGGAUCUUUUAAAAAAGUCAUUGAAGGGCAAAGAGACUCCAAAGUUGUCGUGGAUUGAGUAAAAACGAGGUGUGAUGGAUGAAACAAGUAAACACGUAAAAACAAGAUAAGAUUUUCACUUUACAUCG